AUGCGUUCGAAGGCUCAUACCAGAGUGGAAUCUGGAACCUGUAACGUUUGCUCCACUCCUUGUUCAUCUUGUAUGCAUAGGAAGCUAGCCUGUAUGGGAUCCAAGGGUGAUCAAUAUUCUGACGAAACUUGCCAUGUAGCUGAAAUAAGCCAGAAUUCCGUUAACAGGGAGGAUUCUCUGUUCCUUAAAGGUCGAAAAUCCAGCAUGUUGCAGCAUGCCACCAGUGAGGCAAGUUAUGUGCCUACUGUUGAUUCCUGUGGAGAUUCGUUCUCUGAGAGUGUGGAAAAUAAAGCUAAUGUAAGGGCCUCAGUUAAGUCUGAGGCUUGCCCAAGUUUGAAGCGUGUUGGAACUGUUUCCAAGGGUUGUCUUUCUCCUAAGCCAGAGUUUGUUGCAUAUAAGCGAAAUGGGUCAAGUAAGCCUGUUGAUUAUAAAGCUGUAGAAGGCCAUGGUGACAACAUAUCUUGUGUGACAGAAGCUGAUGUGAGCAGUCUCCAAGAUGGUGGCAGGAAGGUGCCCUUCCAGAAUAACACUCUUUUGCCCAAUGGAAAUGUUGGAAACUUGAAUGGGGAUCUGAUUAGGAGAGUUGAUGGACAAGCUUCUUCACUCUUUAUGGAACAUACAAGUCUAUGCUUGACUAAGGAGGCUGCACCUGAUAUUCUUGUCGGUGGUAACACAGCUAUGAGCGAUGGUGCAGAUAACAAUCCGCAAAGUAGGAUUGUAAAUCAGGGGGACGCUUCAGAGGUUUCAAGUAAACUCGGUCAAGAGUUCAAAGAAGAAACUGAUAAUGAUGGUGGACUCCAACCAAUAGGUGUAAAUUCUUCUACCACGGUUGGGCAAGACCAGAAGGUGGAUGACUCAGUUGAAUUACCAGAUGUUCAAGAGUCACCCGUGGAAUCCAAUGAGAGUAAGGACUCAGAAAUUGGAGAACAAGAUGUAAAAGUAUGCGAUAUUUGUGGGGAUGCAGGCCAGGAGGAAAAACUUGCAAUUUGUAGCAGGUGCAGUGACGGUGCGGAACACACCUAUUGCAUGAAGGAAAUGCUCCUAGAAGUUCCUGAUGGCGAUUGGCUAUGUGAAGAGUGCAACCUAGCUGUAGAACUCGAAAAACAAAAGCAAGAUGAAAAGAAUGUAGAUAAAGGAACUUCACAAAGCUUUAAGAAAAGGCCUUCUGAGACUGUUGAGAUGACCUCAAGUUCAAAAAGGCAGGCUAUUGACAUGGGUUCAGGAUCACCCAAGCCAUCCAGCCCUAAGAGAGUGGCUACACUGCAUUAUAACAGCUCUUCCAGGAGUUCGGACAAGGAUAAAGUAAAGCCAAGCAAUCACUCUAUUAAUGAUCCUGAAAGCACUCGGUUUCCUAAUACUGCUCCACGACUUCAAAGUCCCAAGGGUGCCUUACUUAAGUCCAAUUCCUUCAGCACUAUUAGUUCCAAGCCAAAAUCAAAGCUUGUUGAUGAAGUACAACAAAUGCACAAGAUGUGCAGAGAGAGUUCCUUGCUGGAUAGUAAGGAUGGUCCAGGCCGAAUGAUGAGCAAAUCUAUGUCAUUCAAACAUACAGGCUCUGGCCGUACUGAGUCCAAAGUGAAAAUGCUCUCAUCAAAAAUUGCACAUGGUCCGGAUGUUAAAGGGGUAAGACAAGCACGAGAACAUAAUGCAUUUGAAAGAAGAAAUUUGCCGAAGUUGGAUCGCCCUUCCCGUGGUAUGGUGGCAUCAAGUUCAAAAGUCACUACACCAAAGCUUGAGCAGAAGCUUACUCCUCGUAGUGACAGUGUUCCAUUAUCAUCAGCGGCCAACAACAGAGAGUUGAAGGGUGCUGCAACUGAUGGAAAAUUCAGUAGCUUACCUAGAUCAAGUGCUGGCGUUGCCAGGAAAGAUGGGGAUGCGCCUGUUACAUCUGUUCGAGCCUCUUCUAUUCAUGGAAUUUCCAUUGAAAGGAAAUUAAAUCAAGUUAGCCCUAAGGAUGAACCCUCACCAAGUACUUCUUUGACUGCAGAUAAAUCAUUGAAUGCUGUUGGUGAUAACUCACACGAUGGCCUGCUGUGCUCACGGGAGUCAUCAAGCCAGAGUGAGAAAACUAGAGACAGCUCCGGUCGUAUGAGGCCUGCUGGUGCAACACCAAAAGAAACAGGUACUUGUCAAAAGUGCAAGGAAGCUGGUCAUUCUGUGGAAAAUUGUACAUCCAGUAGUCCUCGUGCUCCUGUUAGUGAUACACCAGCUACAAAAAGUGUUGGUGAUGAGACUAAUAGAGACAGUAAAUUAAAAGCUGCAAUUGAGGCUGCCAUGCGUAAAAGGCCUGGUAUAUAUAGAAAGAAGCAUGGAAGUGAUCAAUCUGACGGGUUGUCCUCAUCAAAUGCGGAUAUGAACUGUCAUAUAAGUCCUCAGGCUAAGUUUUCAGGGUCAAAUAAGACAAAAUUAGCCACCUUCAACGAACGAUCACACGAAGAGAAACCCACUCUUGGGCCUUUGUCCAAGGACUCCACAAAGCAAGCUAAUUAUGGAAGUGCUAAGAUAUCUAAUACACACUCUGUUACUGCUGCUUUCCCUUUGAGAGCGGACUCAGAUUUGACCAACACUUACACUUGGAGAUCUGGUCUUAUUUCUUCUGCUAGCGCACUUGAGAAGUUGUCGCCAAUCCCGGAGCAUGACUUUAUUUGGCAGGGUACCUUUGAGGUGCACAGGGGCGGGAAAAUCACAAAUAUUCAUGGAGGCAUUCAAGCGCAUUUGUCAGCCUAUGCAUCGCCCAAAGUACUUGAAGUGGUGAACAAGUUUCCUCUCAAUAUUAGCCUGGACGAAGUAUCCCGGUCAAGCACGUGGCCUAGUCAGUUCCAUGAAAAUGGUGCUACUGAAAAUAACAUUGCUCUGUACUUUUUUGCUAAGGACCUCGAAAGUUACAAGAAGCACUACAAGGGAUUAUUGGACAAUGCUAUGAAAAGAGAUUUGGCCUUCAAAGGAUACUUUGAUGAUGUUGAACUCUUGAUAUUCCCAUCCACUCAGUUACCUGAGGAUUCUCAACGUUGGAACAUGAUGUUUUUCCUGUGGGGCGUGUUCAAGGGAAGGAGGUCAAGUUCUUAUGAUUGCUUAAGAAAGCCAGUUAUCCCCAGUUUGAAUUUGGUAGUUCAAGAUGAAGAAAUGCCCGUGACGAAUGCGUUAUCUGUCGUGAGGUGUUUGCCUGAAUACAUAGAUAAUGAGACUUCUGCAUUUGAUGAUUGCUGCAAUAUAGAUGUUUCAUCAAGUGAUUUGGAGAAGAAUACAUGCUUAUCGGAAAAUGGGGUCAUAAAUGAAAGAAAGGUUGACUUUGCUGUUAAGUCAGAGCAGCCGGAUUGUAGACUUGAUUUAAAUGGAAUGACAUGCACAUGCAGUACGACCUCAAAUCUGGAAUCUACCAGCGCUAGUGCUACCCUGGUAGAUAUUGGUGAUCCAGAGUGCAGAGUGGAUACAGAUGAGGAAAAACCAUCUGCUGUUGUUGCUGAGUCCAAGAGUUGUUACAAGCAGGAGGCACAAAAGCAUACAGACUCUUCAGAUGUCCAAGAUGACGUGUCUGCACUCAAGAAUGUUCUGGUUGAAAAUCAAAAUUUAGGUGUGAGAGGCAGCAUUGUUCAAGAGCCAGCAGUUAGCAGAACAGACAGUGUCAAUAGGGGUGGAUUUACUGUUAUCAGAGACUUGAACGAAGACAUUACGGAUAUGGACAUAGAAACUUUGGAAGGAGAUUUCUUGUCUAAUAUUAGAAAAAGGCCGCUCUUGGAUCUUUCUGAGAUGCCGCCUCCCGAAAGUCCUGAUAGCACAGUUGGUCAAGACAUGCCUUGGAAUGUGGUUCACACUGGGUUGGCUGACCGAGCUAAGAAGCCAAAAUUAAGUGAUGAAGGACCUAAUGGGUAUGACAGUUCAAGAGACUGCAAUUCUAAGAGAGAUGUUAAUACGUCGAAAGCAGCUGCUGAAAGGUACUUCUUUCCUGUGGAUUCACACACCAUUCUCUGGAAGGGAGGGUCCUCAGCAUCGAGACGUGAGGACCAAUCUUCUUCGCCGAAUCUUGAUCUUGCUUUGGGGGGUGAGACAAAACCACCGGGAAUUAUGCCCUUCAUUGUUGGAAUGGUGGCCAAGAAUACUACUGACAAGAACAAGCUACCGCCAUCGCUACCAGCAGUUGAGAAAGUGAUGGCCGAAAAAGAGCAGGAGGACGGUGUGUCUGCUUCCCUUUCUCUUUCUCUUUCAUUUCCGUUCCAGGACAAGGAACAAACUGUAAAACCUCCUGUGGUCCCAAAAACCGAGCAGCUUCUGCCUGAAAGGGCACCGUGUGAAUACCUAGCUGCUCCUUUUUGGACGCUUCGCUGA